UUGUCAAAAGUGGAAUAAUGUUAGACCUGUCUCCUGAAAGCUGAUACCUGAAAGUAUCAUUUUCCUGUCUUGCAGAGUGUUUCGCUUGUUUAUUUGUAUUUUUAAAUCUAACAAUUGCUGUUUGAUAACACAUAACAUCUACAAUGAAUGCAUACAUUGAUUGUUUUGAAAUUUUGAUUUGGUAUCUGCUGUUAUUGAUUAGAGUGCAACAGUUUUCAAACAUGUAUUUACCGUUUAUUAAUGAUUUAUCAAAAGUAUCUAGUUUUUACGCUGAUGUGUAUGUAUCUAUUAGACCAUCGAGUUUAAAAAAUUUACAUAUCAAUUUUAUAAUUCAGUAGUAAUGGCAUGGAUCGCAAAAUUCAUGAAUAAUAUCGAGUCACUUAACAAAAUUAUGUUAAUAUUAUGUUGUGUUUAAUGAAAAUCCAUAUCUGUAAUCAGUCAAGCUUUACGUAACAAAAUAGUUUAAAUUUAUUUAACUGUGUGCGAAACAUAUUUAGUAUUUAAUUUUGAAUGGAUAUUUACAUGUGAUUUUGUACUAAAUAGUGCAAUAUAUGAUUGACUAUAAAACAUGUUACACUUUUUGUGUUUCUUUCAUGGGAAAGCUUUUUAACAUUCGCAUUUGGCAGAAAUUUGUUUUGAUAACAGUAACAGGAAUUAUCUGAAUCGGAGAUUUUGAAUACUUUCAAAGACCAAAAAUGGAGAAUUUCACGCAAAUGCAGAGAUUUGACAAACGGCUGUUGUUCCUAAUUACUCUACUGGUACUGACGAUUAUUUUUGGGCCGGUUUUUUCAUUUGGUGCUAUUUUUAUUACUAUGAUGGACACAUUUCAAACAGAUAGAGCUGAAACUGCCGCUGUACAGUCAAUUGUCAUAGGAAUGACAUUUUCGUUUGGUGUUAUCAGCGGAGCCUUAAUUAGUAGGUUUGGUCCAACAAUGAUGAUACUGAUGGCAAGUGUGGUUGUUCCUCUUGGAUUUUGUAUAUCAUAUUUUGCAAAACACAUCACUUACCUCUACGUUAGUAUAGGCAUUGUCACAGGUGUUGGGAACUCUUUGGUAUUUUCCAGCUGCAUUGUGGUUGUUGAGCGAGUGUUUGAAGGGCCAAAGAGGUUAUUAUGUUUGGCUGUGCUGAAUACUUCAACUGUUGUAACCGCCAUUUUCUACCCAUAUUUUAUGAAAUGGUUGACAGAAAUGUACGGUCUAAAUGGAAUGUUUCUUAUUCUUGCUGGGCUCAGCUUAAAUAUCUUUGUUCUUUUCACUAUGUGUUGGACAAAUCGUGUUGCUGAUAUAAACGCUCGAGCACAGGAGGCAACAAGUACAAAAACAGAACUCGAUGAUUGUACUGGAAGUUCAAGAAAAGGGUGUAAUUCGUUAAUCGACAUUAUGCUCAAUUGCAUUGCACAUGCUAAUAAACUGUUUCACGUGCCUUAUGUACUUGUACUUAUUUCAAGUAGUUUAUCCCUCGCAAUAUUAAAUGGAUAUGUAGGAGUAAUGUUUGACAUCGCUUUAUGGAAAGGAAUGACAAGUUCACAAGGAUACAUUACUUUUGUAGUGUAUUAUUCAUGCACCGCUGUGUCAUGUGUAGUGGUAGGACUUCUCAAACAAAAGAAGGGAGUGAACUCCUUGGUUUAUCCGAUUCUUUCUACCUUUUGCGGAUGUUGUGGUCAAUUGCUCAUAAUAUUUACAUCAAAAUAUGCCGUAUAUAUGCUCGGGACAGCUCUCACCGGCAUGACAUAUGGGGGUGUUAUAGCUUCGUCAUUAUCCGUUAUUGUGCAAAUGGUCAGCCAAAAGCAAGUACCUGUGGCAACUGGACUUUUUUCAACAUUAGAAGGACUAGCAUCGCUCGGAGUCGGACCAUUAUAUGGUAGUAUCCGAGAUAUUUCUGGUAGCUACAGGAGUGUACUUGUGACAAUUACGUGUGUACAAGCACUGUCUUCUGCCCUUUUUACCAUUGCCUUGAUAACUAACAGACGGCGAAAGAAAAGACUACAGCCUGACAGGUCAAAUGAGAUAAUCGCUUCAACAAGACUGUAGACAAAAGAAAGAUAUCACAAUAACACAAUAACAAAUGUACAGAGUGUAACUGAGAAAAGUCGUAGAAAAAAGGACAAAACUGUAAACGAAGAACUCAAACAUAGGACAUACAGAAAGGAGGAAUACUGUAGCAACCCACGUCUCCUCCCAAUCCACUUUCUCCUGGGAACUGUUCGAGGCAAAACCAUCACUUGCUUCUUCAAAUUAGCGUACUGAUGUCAAGCAAAACUCCUUUAUCACAAUCACCAAACCAAAUUUAUGUCCUAAAUUACAAACUAGUGUAAAUUAAAUUACUUUAUGGCAGUAGAUUUAUGUCUAUGUUCAAUUUUCACAUUAUGUUAAAUGAUCGGACACAUAUGCGUUUAGUUGUUUAUAUUUAUGUUCGAUUAUCGCAUACAAAUAAUGUUUUUUCAUGUUACGUUUGUUCGAUGAUAUACACAAAAUAUAUUUGAUUAUCGCACAGACUCUGUUUUUUAAUAUUCAUAAGUCCAACAAUCGAAGACAUAUUUGAUACAUUACUGUAUAUAUGCGUUCAAUAAUCGAAGAUACAUUUGGUACAAACUUGUAAAUGUGUGUCCAAUAAUCGAAGACUUAUUUAAUGCAUGCUACUAUAUGUGCCCGAUUAUUGAACAUAAUAUAAAAAUCGAACAUAGACACAAAUCUACUGCCACAUUAUUUCACUACAGAACAAUACCUUAACGAUCAGGGACACACUGAAAAGCGGAGAUGUUCUUAAAUAAAGAAAUAAUAUGUUAUUUUUUUAAUAACUCUUUUCCAUAUUUGAAAUAACUGUGUGUCGAACACAGUUCUCCAGAAAGUAUCAGAUAUUUUCUUUCAUUUUAUCCAACAUGAUAAAAAGCAUAACAUAUAUACAUCAAAUUUGAUAAACUUUAUACACUCAACUAGUAUAUACACAAAUUAAACUAGUGUUUUAUGUAAUUAAUGUAGUACAAAAUUACCGUAUAAUAAUAAUAAUAAUAAUAGCACAUUAUUCGUAAAGUUAAA